AUGGACAGAAUAUUGGACUUCAUUGAUACUAGAAAAGCAGAAGAAACUAAUAAAAGUUGUGAAGCGUAUAAACUAUUAUCAACGAUUGAUGCCAUUCUUAAAAUCAUGAAACAGUACAAGAGAGAGCCAAAACUCUCUGAAUCAUUUUAUUUGCAUGCAUUUCCUGGUGCUUUACGGCCUCUUCUGGAUGAUACGAGCGUGAUAUCGAAAGAAGGCGAAAUGUCGAAAUUACUUAUGGAAGAAAGAGUUGAUAUCCUCGUUGCAACUGAUCUUGGCACUGACACUGAUGUUGACGAUGUAGAAAUAUGCUCUAUUGAAUUCAAAAAGCCAAAUUCCACUACAACUACAUUAUUACAACAACAAAAUAAAAAUCUCAGGAUCAACAGCUGUAUUUUGAAUGACAUCCAUCUUUUCAAUCGAGACACUGACGACCAACUUAUUUAUUUUGAUUUCGCUGGCAGAUCUGCUUAUAUAGUUCAAUUGUUCAGAUAUGAAAACUACUUUGUAGGACACAAGGUUGGGAAUUUCAGCUUGAGAGUUCGCAGUGAAACUUGCAACAAAAUCACAUUGUCUCAUAUUGAGCAAUCUUAUAAGUAUGAUCGUGUGGAAGUCUGUGCUUAUGCUUCAAAUAAUUUUCGUCGAAUCACCAGAGAGAAAUGUAGCCCCAGUCAAUAUAUUCUUACCUAG